AUGUUGGCGCUUGCGGUUUCUCGACCGUUUCUCUUCUCACUCGUCGCUGUCCUCUCUGCUGCCUUCACACCGUUUUUCCCACCUUCUUCCGUCACCUGGGGACCGCCGCGUAGAGUCGGGCAUCCGGACUCUCUACUGUUCUCCGCAGUUGGUCCUUCGGCCGCCGUCGUCGGGGCCUACGCCGCACAGCCUGUCGUGGAUCCUCUUCUCUUUGGGGCUCCACAUGGCGCUGCCGUCCAAACCCUCGGCUUGGAACAGGCGAUUUCGAGCCAUGCCGAACCGUCGGUAACGUCCACGAUGGACCUUCCCGACGAGGAAGGCGCGGCGACGGUGACGCUUCCUCGCCGCCCACGAGGCGCGCUAUACGCCCGACCUAGCAUGAUUGACGCAGUCGAACAGACUGAGGACUUGCUCGAGAGCGCGCGUGGAUGGCGACGCCAGGGAGGGAAGUUGAAGGGUGUCUCCGCGAACGCCGCGGCGCUUGCCACGGCCGGAUCGCGGAAGAAGGUGGUCUUCAAUAUCACCACCAAGCUGUCGCUCUUCACGCACGCCGACGGGACCGUGGUCUGCGAAACCGGAGGCGUCGCAGCGGCGGCAGUUGCUGGUGAGGUUCGGGCGAUUUCCUUCAGUGGCAGCCGGGGCUACGUGGCGCAAGCGUACGGGCGUGGUCUCUCGCUCCUGGGCCCCGCAACGAACGCGCCGAUCCUGCCGCUCACUCGCGGCUCCGACAAAUCUGUGAAAGCCGGGUCAAGCCUUCUGGUCCUCUGUCCGCGGGCGAACCAACCCGCCGUCGCGAUACCUCGGAACAAGGCAGUCUCAGUCCAGAGGCCGGUGCUCGUCAGAAAAGCCAUAGAGGCCAAGCGGCGCCUCCGCCUUCAGGAGCAAGCGUCGCGUUUCGAGCGCUACGGAGAACGCGCGCGAAAGGUUCAGCGAGUAGCUGCAUCCGCUCUCGUUGUGUUUCUUUUUGGGAUGGUGAGUUCUAUUCACCGGCUUUCCCUGUGGCUAGAGGCGCCGGAAACCCAAAAGGUUGUUGACACAGUGUACCGAGCCCUCAUCGAACCAGCGCCUGUCGAAGUGAACAGCGGAGCAAAACUCACGACGAUUCUUAGCGCCAGCGGCGAUGAGGAACAGGUCGCCCAAGUUCGCGCUGUCCUCUCGAAAACAGAUCGUCGUGCGCUGGCCUCGUACGAAAGAGCCACGGCGCACCUGAACUCGGCUCUCAGCAACUCGGUCGGGUUGGUGUUUUCUGCCGCUGUGUUAAUCGCCGCAAAAGGCGCGACGUUCGUCUACACGCACCGGACUGCGCGGAACCGGAGGCGCGCGUGGGGGCGGAGGAAAGCCUCGCAGGGACAGGAGCGAGACAACGAAGAAGCGUGGAUUGAAGCGAACGAAGUUGGGCCAGAGGAGCUCGGAGAGGCAGACAUUGUCAUCCCCGAGGAAGAGCCUGCGGCUCGAUGA